AUGAACUCUCCAUCUCGCAACCAGACGGCCAGCACUCACAACACCUCUUCCACGGGUGGACACCGGCAAAGCCCGAGCACUAGCAGCACGCUCAGCACCUGGGCUGGCUCGACCGACACGACCGAGCGCUUCUAUGUCAACGGUACCAAUACUGGACGAGGAUAUUUUCACCAGGCUGGCAAAAUGGCAGACUGGGAAAUCCAGUUCAACCAAGCACGUAACCGUGGUUAA